CUUUGAAUACACAGAAAAACAAAUAUAAAAGAUACAUCUACAGGGACUAUGACCUUGACAACACCCGACAUCGAAUCUCCAUCACAGCAUACUCAAGACAUCCCUGCCAGACACACAAACGCUCCUCCACAACCUAUUCCAUCCCAAACACCUAUCCUGCUCUAGCGAGUCAUGAUUUCCAUCGACGAGGAUGCAUCAGAUGAGCGUAUUACAGCGACCGUUCAUGACACCAAACGACUACUCAAAGCAACAGCAACACUCUCCAAGGCAUUCCAAGACGGUGAUCCAGAGGACACAACCCAUGUCAUCAUCGGGCGAUCUGAAGAAGAUCCGUCUGAGAGAUGGGCUAUGUCUCCAACAAUGAACGGCUCCCUGGCUUUAAGCGAAAUCGGUAACCCGUCGCGUCUUCCUCACGUGGCGGAUAUCAAGGAAGCUCUUUCUCGCUCUGGAUUAACCGAAAAUCAGAACUGGGAUUCCGAGGAAGACAGAAAUUCCGAUGAGGACUGGGGCUCCGAUGAGAGCUGGGGUUCCGAUGAGGGCUGGGGUUCCGAUGAGGACAAGAAUCACAAUGAGGACAAGGAUUACAAUGGGAACAGGGAUAACACUGGGGACAGGUAUUACAAUGAGGACAGGGAUUAUAAUGAGAACUGUAUUUCAGACGAUGGCAAACCAGCAGGAGUAGAGGAGAGUGCUCUGAGUGCAGUAGAUGUGGGCAGCGCCAUUGUCGAGCUUGCCACGAUGGUGUUUGACUGCGCCGUCAAUGGCACGACUACUGGUAUUGACAGCCAGUGUGUCGCUGUCAUGAGCAAGGUGCGACGGAUUCCCUCUAAAGGAAGCCGUUGCAGAUGCUCUCAUUGCUUCAUGCAGGCGCCUUGGCGGAGUGGACCAGUGGCAGGAAUGAAUGGUAACUGUGGUGCGUAUGCCUGGGGGAUCGGUAGCGGUUUGGUCGUAGGGCCUGGGGUAAUCGACCAGUUGGUCGAGCAAACUUGGGAAAGCGUCAGCAAUAUGGUUGAUAGGUGGGGACAGUUGGUUGGGAGCAAGGUGUGUGUGGCUGACUAUAGGACCAUCAAUCACUCAGACGGCGGCAUGAGCUUUUCUCCGUUACUGGCUGCUGAGAUUCGGUCAGGUAUCCCGUAUGUUGAUGGCAUGACCGCCAUGGCCAUCGGUUGUGAAGGGAUGCUGAAUGGUGCGGGAAUGUAUGAGCAUUAUCCGGCUACUGGCGACUACGAAGAGACGAAGCUCAUGCAUGAUGGUGAGCAUCGAUGGAUUGACUGUGCUGGAGGGGUUCCAAGGACGGUUAUCAAGUCACUAAUAGGCAAUGAACGGUACGCGUGUGUGUCACACACCUGGGGGCGUGGCUGGUGCAAGGGGACUUGUGGCAUCACAGGGGAGUACCAGGAGAAGCACGUGUGCAAAUGGGGCUAUUGGGAUGAGCGGGAUAUAGCAGCUGCCGUUAUAGCCACAGGAUGGGAUAGUGAGUUGUGGCUCGACUGGGUUGACGUUCCCACGCAGGCAGGCUUGAAGAAGGCCAACAAGAUCAAGGCACAAGCCGAGCUAUAUGCUGAUGCGAGUCGCGUGUUUGUGUUUGUUCCUGAACACGAUUUCCUUUCGAUCAAAGGUGCGCUAGAUCUCAGUGAGACCGCUGACACCUUCGAUGAGUUCCUUGAGGUGAUACAUCUACUCGGAGGUGUUAGUUGGUUCACAUCCACUUGGACGUUGCAGGAGAUGUUCAUGAGCUACGAGCGCAUGAUGGUUGUGACCCAUGGUGGCAAGUCCAUUGAGUGUGGAUGGCUGGUAACACUGCAGGCUCGGUUGGGUGCCCUACUUGAUAGAUAUUGGAUGUGCCUCAAAGCUACCGAUAUGACUAUGCUUGUUGGCCUUGGCGUACUGCAGCUUGGCAAUUACGAUUCUGGACGAUUGGUUGCGGCUGCACUAAUGCGUUGUCGUGGAAUGACACAUGAUUGUUGUGAUAGUGUAACUCACGAACGUUGUGGUGCACUGACGCAUGAUCGUUGUGGUGGAGGGAUGCAUGAUAUGGGAGUGUUUGAUUCUAUAAGGUAUGAGCUGAUUCCUGACGUGCCAAGAGGACUGCCAGCGUGUGCCCAGCUUAUAGGUUUAGCAGUGCAGCAGCAUGAUGUUAGUUGGCUGGCAUUUGAGGCUGCCCCUGCGAAAGGAAGGAUCGUCCCUGUAUCCACAAUGCCAAUGUACGGGGCGAAGUGGCCUGCAGCUGGACGAUGGCAAACAAUCUGCGACUUGCUCGCCACUGGGGCAGGGUUGUUAUGGUUUGGAGCUACUGGGACGGUUACGUUGUCGGAGACCAUUCAUUCUUGGUAUGAUGAGGACUUUGCAUCUGAGGGCGUUUCUGGAGACAAGGGUACAGCUCGGGUCAUUGUGCUCUGUGUGAGAGAUACUGAUCCCGCCAAUGAGUGUUGGCUUGGAAUGCUUGUGUCUGGGGUCUCGGGAAGGACACGUCGGGUCGGAGGUUGUGUGCUGAAGCCCUCGCAGAUGCAGACGUUCGGAUCGGGAGCAGUACUCGUGGUGUGACAGUAAUACAUAUAAACAGCCUAUUUUCACAAUACACAAUAAAGGACUUUUCAGUUGCCUCUCUUCCCUGUGUCC